AUGACUCGUUUCCGCCCAUGUAUUGAUUUGCAUGCGGGACAGGUCAAGCAAAUCGUCGGCGGUACUCUGUCCUCAAAACCAUGGGAAUUGAAGACGAAUUACAUAUCUUCCCACCCUGCCGGAUAUUUUGCGAAGCUUUACAAGGAAAAUGGCUUGACGGGCGGACAUGUUGUCAUGCUGGGAGGAGGCAAUGAAGAGGCUGCAAGGGAAGCGCUGGCUGCCUGGCCCGGGGGUCUGCAAGUUGCCGGUGGCAUUAAUGACAAGAAUGCCCGAUAUUGGAUCGAAGCUGGCGCCGAGAAGUUUGUGCGUUUGACGAUACUCUCCACUGUUGGGAAUGACAAGUCCAAGUUGGUGCUAGACCUGAGUUGUCGGAAGAAGGGAGACUCGUGGUUCGUUGCCAUGAAUAAGUGGCAGACAAUAACAGAAAUGGAGAUCACACGAGAGACCAUUGAAAUGCUUGAGCCAUACUGCUCCGAAUUCCUUAUUCAUGCUGCGGAUGUCGAGGGUCUGCAACAAGGAAUUGACGACGCGCUGGUAUCAAAAUUGGGCGAAUGGUGCACUAUUCCAGUAACUUAUGCUGGCGGAGGGAGGAAUCUGGGAGAUCUCGACCGCGUCAAGUCAGCUAGUGGAGGCAAGGUGGACUUGACGAUUGGAAGCGCUCUUGAUAUAUUUGGCGGAUCUGGUGUCACUUUUGCGGAAUGCGUGGAGUGGAACAAGACGAAUGGAAGCUAG